CCGAUCCAACUGACCAUCAAUCGUGUCUUUAAGCGAAAGGGGAACGGACGGUGCGGAUCGCGCGUCGUCACGUCUACUGUAUCCGUCCGCGUGCGCGUGCGUACGCGGUAGUACUACAUGUACAUGCGACGCAGCUGAGCUCGGUAGCUUCUUCGUCGCUGGCUUCAUAACUCGGGGGUCGGGAGCGAGGGGAGCGAGCCACCAUAUGCCACUGUGAGCAGCCAGCGUUCUGCGAUAUAAAGGCCGCCCCGGCCGGCCGGCCACCGUCCAAGAUCCCUGUGGUGUGGGCAGCUGCGAGUGACCGGGAGCGACACGCGCGCGAGGGGAUGAGCCACGGCGUCGCGGCGAGGAAGCGGUUCGGCGGCGUCAGCUUCGCGCUCGGCUGCGGCUGCAAGGACCCCAAGGCCGUGGCCGUCGCGGCGGCGGCGGUGGCCGCCUCGUCGCCGCGCUCCGGCACGGAGGCGUCCACGGCGACCACCGCCACGUCGCGGAGGGCCAGCAGGACGCACCCGUCGGCGUCCACGUCCACGGGCACGCUCACCGUGCCCUCCGCCUCCUCCUCCUUCCUGUGGGAGGAUGCCGACGCCGACGCCGACGAGGUCGAGUGCAAGCGGGCGAGCUCCGCGACCACGCCCAGCUUCUCCGGCCUGCUGCGCGAGCUCAGCGAGCUCGAGCGGAGCAUCAAGUCGUGCGCGCGGACCAAGAGCCCCCCAAGAAAUCACUUCUCGCCACCGCCGCCGCCUCCUCCUCCUCCACCGCCGCCCCCGCCGUUGCCGUCGCGGCCCGUGCAGCGUCGAGCUGUGCGCGGCGACGACAAGCCCAGCGUCCAAGAAGGCCACGGAGACUUCUCGCCGCCGCGGCCGCGCCCGCUCCCGCCGCCAUCCUUGCAGGUCCCAACGCAGCAGCAUCGGAGGGUGAAGAGCGUUGACAAAGCCAGCAAGCCAGAAGGAGACGCGCACUUCACGCCACAGCCACCUCGGCCGCUGCCCCCGCCGCCGCCGCUGGAGCCGCUCCGGAGCGCGAAGACCGAGGAGGAUAAUAAGUCCAAGAGCAAAGAAGACGAGAAGCGCUCGCCGACACCGCAGCCGGCGCCGAAGCACCGGAAAGCGAUGAGCUGCGACAACAGCAACGGCUUCGGCGGCGGCAGCGGAAGGCUGGACGGGAGCGUGGCGGUGGUGAAGCAGUCGGAGGACCCGCUGGGCGACUUCCGGCGGUCGAUGCUGAACAUGAUCGUGGAGAACGGGAUCGUGACGGGGGACGAGCUCCGCGAGCUCCUCCGGCGCUUCCUGGCGCUGAACGCGCCCCGCCACCACGACGCCAUCCUCCGGGCCUUCGCGGAGAUCUGGGACGAGGUGUUCGCCCCCGCCGCCGCCGCCACGGCCGAGCGCGAGCCGAGGCCGACGGCGCCCCGCCGCCGGCAACCUCUGCCCCUGCCGGCGUGGCGCGUGUAGUGACAGAUCACGUACGUGGUCGAUUCGUACAAUGUAGAUUGCUUCCAAGAAACCGUCGAUCUCGGCUGAUAACACGAAUCUACCUGUUGUCCCUUGUUCAUCCAGCA